CUGCUUACAAUGCUGCUACUGAGUAAUACUGAUAUUACUUCUUCACCUGGCUCACUCAUAGCAUUUAUUAAGGGCUUUCACGGGCUCCCUUCUCAGUGUUGCUACAGCUAAGCUCUGGCAUGUUGUAAGAAGCAUCUAUAGAACAAAAGACAACGGCAAGAGGAUUAUAACACAGAACUGCCAACUAGCAAAAUCAUGAUUUCCCAUUUUAUGACACCACUGAACAUUUUACUUUGUGCUAUCUGCUGUUUCUCCACAGCCCAAACAAUUGAAGACAUCAUUCAUGUUAAAUUAAAUAAUGACUUUGAGAAUGGAAUCCUAGAGAAUGAAGAAGUGAUUUCUGACUGCCAAGUGAAGGAUCUGACAAAGUGGGACAAGCUCUUUACAAUGUUAGAGAACUCCCAGAUGAGAGAGAAUAUACUGCUUGAAACUGUGAAUGAAGUUGUCAGUGUGGAACUGCAGAGCCUGAGAGCAGAAAUGCUGCAGUUUGUCAGUAGCUUUGCUGGGGCAUGUGCAAGCCACAUUGAGAGUGCCACUACUAAAAUUACAACCGAGGUGAACAGCAUCCAAGCAUUGGCAUCCAAGUGUGAGCAAGCUCAGCGACGGGAAAAUAGUCUGGACACCAAGAAGGAAAGUGACCUGGAAAAAGCCAUUUUAUUGAACUUUAACAUAUCCGACAGGAUUAGCCGUAUUGAAGAAGACUUGAAGCAAGAAGCUUUAAGGACAAAGGAAGAUAGCUACAACUGUGCAGAAGCAAGCUUCACUCUUGCUGCUGUGCUGCGCACGUUAGAUGAAACGACUGCCAAACUGCAGACAGCUCAAAGCUGGAUCAGCCAGAGAUAUCUCCCAGGAGGCUGUGAAAUUGCAAUAUUAUUUCCAAUGAGAUCACCUAAAAUAUAUGCAAGCGUGCACCCGGCAGACAUGACUCUCCAGGCCUUCUCGUUUUGUGUGUGGGUUAAAGUAACAGAAGCCUUGGACAGAACAAUCAUCUUUUCUUAUGGCACCAAAAGAAACCCUUAUGAAAUUCAGUUGUACCUGAACCACCAGUCAUUAGUCUUAGUGAUAGGAGACGGGCAGAAUAAGGUAAUUGCAGACAAUGUUGUUGAACCCAGUAACUGGACAAAUGUGUGUGGUACCUGGAGCUCUGAAAAUGGCAAGGCAACACUAUGGGUAAACAGAGAGAACAGAGCUACAUCCUAUGACAUUGCAAAGGGUUAUGAAAUCCCCAACCGUGGCAUUUUCCAGCUUGGCCAAGAAAAAAAUGGUUGUUGUGUGGGAGGAGGAUUUGACGAAUCAUUAUCCUUUUCUGGAAAGAUUACAGGGUUCAAUUUCUGGAACAAAGUACUCAGUGAUGGGGUUAUUACAUGGACUGGAACAGAGGAAAGUUGCAGCUUUCGGGGGAAUAUUGUUGGGUGGGGAACAACAGAAAUCCUACUUCAUGGGGGUGCUCAGUACAUUCAUUAGUUUGGUUGUCUUAUAAUAUAACCGUAACUUAUACUGAAUGCAAUGAGCUAAGUCUUAUUUAAACUAAGUUUUUGUAACUUCAAGAAGAUGAUUUGAUUUAUUUGUUCAACAAGAAACAAUAAGCACCAUAACACUAAGCACACCCCUUUUUCCUUACCCAAAAUCCUUCUGAUAAAUAGAUGCAAACAGUACUAAAUUAUGGCAAAGCCAACCUAGAUAUUCAGUCUAAUCAUACUGUCCUUGGUAUUUCUGUUUAAUGUGAAUGCAGAUAUGCAGCUAAAAACACAUUUUAUAAACCUAAUUAUAACCACUUGUUUUAAUCCACCUUUAUAUGUGUAAGUAUAUGCUACUGUAUUAUAUUGUAAAUUAAAUGUGCUAGAAUUGCAAUAAAACUACUGUAUUUUUGUAAAGUUGUACUAUAGAAAUAUAGCAAGCUCUAUCACAAACAAAUCCGCAUAGUUUUUCAGGGAUGACAUACACACAAUAAUAAUGGAGAUUUUCAGUUUUUUUAAUUAAAAAAAUAUGUUAAGUAAUAACAAGAACGUCUAGUGACCUGCAGGGGACGUAUAAUUCCCUGCCGGUUGGACUUCCUUAGUUUACAACCCUUAUAGUUCCAGCUGUUAAGAAAGCCAAUUCCUAGAAUCCUUGGCCACUGUAGGACAAUUGGUGCUGAAAGUGACAGCACAUAGCUGUUGGAAGAUCAAUUAUUUCACAUCCCUAAUUUCAACUGUUCAGUGAUCUCCAUAUUAAUAGGAAUACAAGAUUUACUGUAAUAAAAAACAAAUAUAUAUAUGGCUAUUUCAAAAUGUAAUCAGUUUCCUUAUAUUAAGACCUCUUGUGAUUACAAAUGUUUUUUUUUUUUGUUUUAAAGCGAAGAGAACAAUAAAUUUAAAUGGCUUUUUCUACUUUGA